AUGGUCGAUAACAAGAUCGGCACCAUGCCGCCUGGCCACAAAGCUACAGUCGGUCACCUCCAGACCUUCGAGCUCCCAGAAUCACUCAGCGGCAGUGCAGCAGACAAGGCGCUAGGCAACAGCAUGAUCGACGCCUGGAAGCGAGACGGCAUCCUCCAAAUCUCCAUGGACCCCAUAAAUCGCAAGCUCGCCGACGCCGCAUUCCUAACCAGCAAGAAAUUCUUCGGCCUGAACUACGCAAAGAAGGCAUCUUGCUUGGAUGACCAGUCUUUCGCUGGCUAUAUUGCUUCGGGGGAGGAGAUUACAGAUAACAUUGCAGACUACAGCGAGAUCUUCACCGUCACCAAAGACCUCGCGCUGUCUGAUCCCCGCGUCCAGCAAAAGUGGCCAUGCCAUGGUCCUUGUCCCUGGCCCUUUUCUCAGAUGAAGACCGUUAUGCAAGCCUACAUGGACUACCUCGGCGAGAGUGGGGAGAAGAUGCUGCAACUCAUCGCUUGGGGUCUUGGCCUCAAGGACGGCAAUGCCUUGACUAGAUACACGCAGGACGGCUGGCACCACAUGCGUGUUCUACGCUUCCCACAGGACACCAAAGUAAACGGCAAGGGCAAGGCUGGCCGCGGCAUCGGGUCACACACUGACUAUGGACUGCUUGUCAUUGCCGCGCAAGACGACGUAGGCGGCCUCUUUAUCCGCCCUCCGAUCGAGGGCGAGACGUACGCGAAUUGGAAGGAGACCGCAGCCGGCAAGCACGAGGAUGCCGAUGGUUGGGUCUACGUCCCACCCGUUCCUGAUGUCUUUACCGUCUUCCCCGGCGACAUGAUGCAAUACAUCACCAACUCCUUCCUCCCGUCGACACCUCACAAAGUCGGUCUCAACACCCGCGAGCGCUUCGCUUUCGCCUACUUCCACGAGCCCAACUUCUCCGCCGUUAUGAAGCCUUUGCCUGGCUUCGAGGCGGAUCAGGAGCCUGUCGAGGGUAUCCACUACGGUACCCACUUCACCAACAUGUUCAUGCGCAACUAUCCGGAGAGGAUCACCGCUGACCGGAUGAGGGCUGAGGGAAGGAUGGCUCUGUUGGACUCGUCUAGCCUCCGCUGGAAGGAUACGCCAGUAAUAGGUGGUCAUGAUAUGGCCAGCACUAUUCCGGUUGUGUCUAUUCCCGAGAAGAGGGCAUCUGUGUAA